AUGGAGCUCACCUCCUUAACCUUCGUUCUCUCCUCCUCCUUUCUCCUCAGCUUCCUCUUCCUCACCCUCCUCAUCUACAAACACAAAUCCAAUGCCUCCCACCUCCCCAACCUCCCACCCGGCACCACCGGCCUCCCCUUCAUCGGCGAGAGCCUCGAGUUCCUCUCCACUGGGAGGAAGGGGCAUCCCGAGAAGUUCAUCUACGACAGGAUGGCCCGCUUCUCCUCCCAGGUCUUCAAGACCUCGUUGCUUGGUGAAAGCACCGCAGUUUUCUGCGGCACAGCCGGCAACAAGUUCUUGUUCUCUAACGAAAACAAGCUGGUCACUGUUUGGUGGCCAAACUCCGUGAACAAGAUCUUCCCUUCAUCUCAACAAAACUCUUCGAAAGAAGAAUCGAAGAAGAUGCGAAAGCUCCUCCUCGGGUUCCUCAAGCCCGAAGCCCUUCAAAGGUACAUUGGCAUCAUGGACACAAUCGCUCAAAGACACUUCGAAGAGAGUUGGGAAAACAAUAAGAACAACGAAGUGGUUGUGUUUCCUUUGGCCAAGAGGUUCACCUUCUGGCUGGUAUGCGGGCUGUUCUUGAGCAUAGAGGAUCCUGUCCAAGUUUCCAAGUUUGCAGACCUCUUCAAUGUUUUGUCUUCCGGGAUCAUAUCGAUACCGAUCGAUCUCCCUGGGAUGCCAUUCAACCGCGCGAUCAAGGCGUCAAACUUGAUCCGGAAGGAGCUUCGGGCGAUCAUCAAGCAGCGGAGGAUCGACCUCGCGGAGAAUCGAGCUUCGCCCGCGCAAGACAUAUUGUCCCACAUGCUUCUUACUGCGGACGAAGAUGGACAGUUCAUGAAUGAAUUGAAUGUUGCAAAUAAAAUUUUGGGUUUGCUAAUUGGAGGGCACGACACAACCAGUGCAGCCAUUACAUUUGUCGUCAAGUAUCUUGCUGAGUUGCCUCACGUCUACAAUGAGGUCUACAAGGAACAAAUGGAAAUAGCAAAAGCAAAAGCACCGGGAGAGGUGCUGAAUUGGGAAGACAUUCAGAAGAUGAAGUACUCGUGGAAUGUGGCGUGUGAAGUCAUGAGGCUUGCCCCUCCCCUCCAAGGAGCCUUCCGCGAGGCCAUCAACGACUUCAUCUAUUCUGGUUUCUCCAUCCCCAAGGGCUGGAAGUUAUAUUGGAGUGCAAACUCAACCCACAGAAACCCGGAAUGCUUCCCGGAGCCGGAGAAGUUUGAUCCGUCAAGGUUCGAAGGGAACGGGCCAGCGCCGUACACAUUUGUGCCGUUCGGAGGAGGGCCGAGGAUGUGUCCCGGAAAAGAGUAUGCAAGGCUGGAAAUAUUAGUGUUCAUGUACAAUGUGGUGAAGAGGUUCAAAUGGGAGAAGCUGCUUCCUGAUGAGAAGAUCAUAGUUGAUCCCAUGCCCAUGCCUGCAAAGGGCCUCCCAGUUCGUCUUCUUCCUCACAAACCCUAAAUUUCACCACCAUAUUAUUGCAUGCAUAAUUAUUUAAGUCUACUCUAUCAAUCAUGGAGUGCCUACCCUGCUAUUGUUUUCUCUAUUUGGCUUUAAUUAGUCAAGCUUUUUUUUUU